GCAUAUUUCAAUGAGAAGUGUUGCGGGGGAGACGGGGAUUGCUUUUUCCUGACGGCCUCCCACGGCAUACGAGCGAAUCGAUCCAAGCCAAAGCAGAUGGCGGAGAAGGAGAUGGGCCCUGGAGGUGCACUCCAGGCCAACCUGCGCAUGAUUGUGUCCGCCAGCAUGACGGACAACAAACGCUAUCCCCAGGACGAGGCCCGCAAGGCAGCCAAGACUGGGGAAUGGGCCACAUCGGCCAUGGUGAGAGCGGCAGCGGUCACCACGAAGACGAAUUUCGCUAUCUGGAAAAAGUCCCGCACUGGAACAUGGACCUUGUAUACCGCCCCAGCGGACAUCAAGACCAAGCAGGUAGUGUGGGCCACGUUGGUGGACAAGCACUACAAACUUCUUCUCCCAAAGGCGGGAGUAUUCUGGGAUUAUCAGUUGGCGAUGAGGCUGUCGAUGACCCUCUGCCUGAUCAUGAUCUACCAGCAUGCCGCCCUGAGCGCUACAACUAUUAUUUUUGUGACUGUGGGUGGAAGCCUGAUGGAGCGCAUGCGCCCUGUCACGUUCUACAACAAGCACGAGUACACUGGCGAGAGGUACACUACAUGGCACCAGUCUCUACCUGAAGAUGUGAAGCCCAGUGUCUGCCAGAUCACGGAGGACAACGUCGAGACGGUCAAGGACGGCAAGCAGGGCAACACGGUAUAUUCUUGUACGAGAUGCGGCAGACGCAAGACGUUGGCCAAGCAUAUUCUGAAGAAAGGGAACACAGCGUGGGCAGUCUGUGCCAGGCGACCAGGUGACCCACGCAAAGUCAAGGAGGCUACGCACGACGUCUGGGCCAGGAUAGUCAACAGGGACUACGCGGACCAGAUCGAGGCGGCACAUAAAAAGACGCAGGAAAAGCAGAGACGCAGACAACGUACUCCAGAGAUGAAGGCCAAGCGCCAAGAGUAUUUCAAGAGGCAGAAGCUGAUGCGGAUGCUACGCAGACCUGCAGCAGUGGCUCCCGGCGAG